AUGCCUCCACAAUCAAGACUUUCAUCAUCCUCUGAAAAACGGACUACAGAGUUACAAGGUUGUACGGGUCUAACCUUCAACAUUAGAACUGCUGAAAACAUGAAUAACUCUCAUCCUAAUAAGAAGGAAAUUUCCACCCCCAUCAACAAGAAAAAAAGAAAGAGGAGCAUGAAAAAACAGAAAUUGUUAUCGGAGGUUUGUUUUGCAAAAGAGGAAAAUUCUACACCAAAGAAAUCCAAAAGCAUAUUGGAAAACAAGACAUUAGAAGAAUGUUUCUCAUUAAAUAUCAAACAGACCACUUUUAUCAAUAACUCGACACAUGGUUUGGAGAAGCAAUCCAAAGACAUUGAUAUUUUGGGGUUUGAGUAUACUUUCACUCCUGAAGAAUAUGACGGAACGCCAUAUGAUGGAAAGACUGUGAGUAGAGGGGUGUUGAGAAGAAAAUCUUUACAAGAAAACGACUCUUUGCAGGUCUAUUGGAAAACAUGUCGCGCGUGGGAAUGGAGAAAAACAUCGACCGUCAUGAGCAAGAUGAGAACAUUGUAUGUGGUUUGUGGACCAGACAAUAGUUUGAUCAGUGUUGCAGGUAUUGGCUUGCCCAAAAUAAUUCGUUGUGGAAUGAAAGGGAAGGAAGUUCAACGCAUGAUUUGUGACAUUCUAUGCCAAAUGGUGAUAUUAGAAUCGAAGAACAUGAUUCAUAACGAUGUGAAACCUCAAAAUAUUGUCAAGUAUGACAAUCAUUACUAUUUGAUCGAUUUUGAAAUAUCUGAAACCUUCGACGAAUGUAUUGAAACUGAUGCUCGUUAUGAAUGCAAACGCAACGGUAAAGAGCUGACCUGUAAAUCCUAUUCUAAAGGUUAUCGUGCACCAGAAAGAGAUAACGAACACAAAAUCUCUCCUAAAAGCGAUGUCUAUUCUUUGGGACUUGUUAUUUUAGAAUGCUUUAGGUUGAGCCAAGAAGACUGUUGCAACAAAUCGAAGAUUGAAGAAUGUUUGCAAGAACAAGAAGAAUCAUCUCGAACAUUGAAAGAAUUUAUUGAUUCAUCGUUGAAAGAAAUGCCUAACGAACGAUUAGCUCCAAAACAAUUACUUCGUAAGCUUUUUUCAGUGGACAAAACAAAAGAAACAUUAAGGUAUUUUGCUGAUAAAGAGGGUGUGCUGAGAGAACAUUUUCCAGCAAAAGAAGAGAGGACAUUGUAUGAAGAUAUUUUCUUGAACUGA